AUGACUGUCUCAUCUCCAAUAUUGGCCAAGAGAACCAGAAGCAGCACAUCUCAAACUCCGAUGACAGCCACGGGGACCAAGAACAAAAGCACCACUAUGAGACGUAAACAGCAAGAUCUUUCAAAAGAAUCAAUUGCUAUGAAUAAAUUAGGCCGCAUUAAGUUAUCUGACGAACAACAGCGAUUAAGAGACAGAAUUUUGGAAUUCUCUAGGAAGAAUUUAGGAUCUUUUAACGAUGACAAGAAGCCCGCUAUAUUUGUCAUUGAAGGCGAUGCGGGAACAGGUAAAUCCGUAAUUUUGAACUCCCUUUUCAAUGAGAUUCAAAGGUUAUCAGUAUCAUCCCUUGACAACGAAGAUGUAUUGGUUGGAACUAAUAAUUAUUUGAUUGUUAAUCAUCCAGAGAUGUUGAAAUUAUACCAUCGAAUUUGUCACCAAUUCAGCUACAUUAAAAAGAGCUCACUAGAGAGACCAACCACAUUGGUUAAUACAUUACAAAAGACUAAUUCUAUGGCUGAUAUUAUUAUUAUAGAUGAAGCUCAUUUAUUAAGCACCGCAAAGGAUGCUUGGAAAAGAUUUUAUGGUGAAAACCAUUUAUCUGAUCUGAUUAAAUUGGGUAAGGUCUUGGUAGUGGUGUAUGAUGAUAAACAAGCUUUAAGGAUGGGAUCAUAUUGGGAUGAAAACGCCAAAGAUGAUGGUGCUAGUUUGAAAUGGUUUUAUGAUCAAUUUUUAAGUGAUAAGAAAGAAUGGUAUAACUUGAAGCAACAAUUCAGGGUUGCUGCUCCCGAAGAUGUUUUGGAUUGGAUUGAUAAGAUUAGUAUCCAAGGUAUUAUUCCGGAGUACCCUAAAUCUUGCCUAUUAAAAGAAGAAGAAGGAAAGAGACAAUACGAUAGUUUGAAUUUCGAUUUUAAAAUAUGGGAAGAUUGUGGAGAGAUGUAUGAAGCAUUACGUGUGAAAAAUGAAGAAAUGGGUCAGUGUAGAAUGUUAUCUACUUAUGAUUUCCCCUACAGGUUGGAUGGGAAAGAUUAUUUUGUUACAUGCGGUGAUAAUUUUAAAGUUAGAUGGGAUAGGUAUGCUCCAAGAGAACAAUUACCAUGGAGCGAAAGAGAAACUUUCGAUGAAGUGGGUAGUGUGUAUACCAUCCAAGGGUUUGAUUUGAAUUAUGCAGGUGUCAUCUUGGGAAAAUCUGUGAGCUAUGAUAAGGCAAACAACUGUAUUAAAUUAUUACCAGAAUUUUAUGAUGAUCAUGCCGGAUUUACUAAGAAGAAAAAUAUUAAAAAUGCAGAUUCUGUUAAACAAAAGAUUAUAAUGAAUAGUAUCAACGUUUUACUGACGAGAGGUGUUAAAGGAUUAUAUGUUUAUGCAUAUGAUCCAGAAUUAAGAAGAAUUUUACUGGAAUCGAAGGCCCAUAACCAUCUAGACUCUUAA